GCGCCCCGGCCAGCCGCGUCGGUCCCUCCCCACGCCCCCGCCCGCCCGGACGCCUCCGGUCGUUCGCUUCCGUCCUCUCGGCACGGCCGCUGUCCUCGCUAGCCCGGCGUGGGAGGACGAUGGGUCAGCGCGGAAAAAGUGAAUGAGGACGGCGGCGCCGCAGCCAGCGCCUCACUCCGCCGGCAGAGCCCGGCGCACAGCCAGCCGGCUCCAUGGACGCGCCCAGCGCCUUGGCGGCCAAGCCCCCGACCGGAAGGAAGAUGAAGGCCCGUGCUCCACCACCUCCUGGAAAGCCUGCUGUCCUAAAUGUCCACAGUGAACAGAAACUGCCUCAUGAUGCCACACUGGGCUCUCAGCAAAGCCUGAUCCACAUGAAGGAGGAGGCCGUACACAAUAGCACCUUGGAUGUCACUGUGGUUCUGCCCAACGGUCUGGAGAGGCAGAGUGUGGUCAGCGGGAGCCAUGCAAUGAUGGACCUGUUGGUUGAACUCUGCCUUCAGAACCACCUGAAUCCUUCUCACCAUGUCCUGGAGAUCUGGUCUCCUGAGACCCAACAGCCUUUGAGUUUUAAGCCAAAUACUUUGAUUGGGUCUUUGAAUGUACAUACUGUACUUCUGAAAGAAAAAGUCCCCGAAGAGAAAGUUAAGCCUGGCCUUACGAUGGUGCCUGAGAAAUCCGUGCGUCUGGUGGUGAAUUACCUGAGAACACAGAAAGCUGUCGUGCGCGUGAGUCCCGAGGUGCCACUGCAGAAUAUUCUGCCAGUCAUCUGCGCAAAGUGCGAGGUCAGCCCAGAUCACGUGGUUCUGCUCAGGGACAACGUUGCUGGGGAGGAGCUGGAACUGUCCAAGUCCCUGAAUGAGCUGGGGAUAAAGGAACUGUAUGCGUGGGACAAUAGAAGAGAAAUAUUCAGGAAAUCAUCACUUGGCAAUGAUGAGACAGAUAAAGAAAAGAAAAAAUUUCUGGGAUUUUUCAAAGUUAAUAAAAGGAGCAACAAUAAGGCUGAGCAUCUCGGGCUGUCGGGUGCAGAUAGUGAUGAGGACCCCUCGAAGUCAGCAUCUGGAGGGGACUUGAAUGGCUGCGUCACAACACCCAACUCACCGUCCAUGCAUUCUCGGUCCCUAACUCUGGGUCCCUCCCUGUCACUGGGCAACAUCUCUGGAGUGUCUAUGAAGUCGGACAUGAAGAAGCGCCGAGCCCCUCCACCCCCAAGUCCAGGGCUCCUGGGUCAAGACAAGGCAUCAGAAAAGGCCUCCCUCAGCACACAGGCUGAUCUUCAGAAGAAGAAGCGGCGGGCGCCAGCUCCUCCUCCACCACAGCCACCACCACCAAGUCCUGUGGUCCCCAACCGCAAGGAGGCUAAGGAAGAGAACAGGAAGAGCACAGUGGGUGUUGGACGUCAGGUGCCACAAAAGCCUCCCAGAGGCACAGCUCGGGGCCCACCCCAGUUAGUGCUCCCCCCGCCCCCACCCUACCCUCCUCCUGACACAGAUGUGACAGAGCCUGUCACCUUUCCUGGGGAAGGCGCUGGUUCCGAGACCUCAGAGCUGAGACCCAAACUGAGUCUGCCUCUGGGCCCUGGCAGCCACUGCAGCAUGGGUGGAGUCUCACAGGUGCCUCUGGAGGCUGAGGAGACAGCAUCUGUGGGCAGCUGUUUUGCAUCAGAGGAUACAACCGAGGACUCAGGGGUGAUGAGCUCUCCCUCAGAUGUCAUCUCUCUGGACUCGCAACAAGACAGCAUGAGAUCUAAAGAUAAAUGGUCCACAGACCAGGAGGACUGCAGUGACCAGGACCUGGCUGGAACUCCAGAACUGGGUCCCCAGAAGAGCCCAUCAUUGGGAAAAAAUGGCUCUGGGAACUCAAUUCUAAGAACUGAGAAAGCCAUCAUGCCUCCAAAUGAUGAUGAAGACCUAUUCAUUUCUGGACACUUCCAUCAAACCCUGGCAGAACUUGAUGAAGACCUGGAAGGAGUGGAAGAAAAUUAUGAAACAGAUACCAGCUCCCUAACCAACUCUGCAAAUGGUGUGUCUAACCACAGUCUGCAAGAAGCCAUAAUCCCUGAUAGUGGCGUGGAUGACAUCCCAGUCACAUUUAUUGGGGAAGUUUCUGAUGAGGCUUUUGACUCAGGGCCGUUCUCCAGUAGAAGCAACAAUACUGCUACUUCUAUCACAGGGGGUGUCGCCAGCCAAAGAUCUCACCUGCCCCCAUUUCAGACUGAGCAUAGCCAGCCAUAUGGAAGGACAACUCGAAAAGAGCCUGACCCCUCCCCGCCUUCCCAAGAUGUCAGAAAGAGAAAUCAGCCAAUCUUAGCCAACACGUCUGAAGAAGAGAAUCCAGUUGAAACAGACCCCAGAGUUACUUCAUUUGUUUCAAAGUGUUUUGUAGGUGACCUAAAAGCAAAGGAUAAAGGCAAGGACUGUGGUUUCACUCACAGCGAGACGACGCAGGCAGGUCACAGAGUGAACUCCUUGCCAGUGAAUCCAAAAGAUGGUGAGGAUGAAAACAACUCAGCGCUACCACCAUGGUGUCACCGUGGCCAGGCUUCAGGGGGCAGCUAUGGACUCAGGUAUGGCCUCACUACAUAUAAAAUUGUUCCUCCCAAAUCAGAGAUGAGGUGUUACGACAGGGAUGUGUCCCUCUCCACUGGUGCCAUUAAGAUUGAUGAACUAGGAAAUCUGGUGAGUCCUCACAUGAGUGGGAGCAGGACCGUAUCCCAGUCAUCAGCUGUUGUUGAAACAGAUGCUCAACCUAUUGGAAAACUCAAAGAGUUCUGGAGGCGCAACUCGAUGGAAAAGCACCUGAAUGGGCCGGCAGAAUGUACAGCCAAAAGACUACCCCCCUCCACCACCAGCACUGCCACGCCAGCAAAACCACAGCCAGAUAAUGGAAUAAAGGCAGCCUUCACACUGACCACUCCCCAGCAGCAGCCUUCCCCACAGGAAUACGGGGCACACCUGGAGGAAGAGAGAAGCCGGCCGCAGUCAGCAGUCUCCUGUCACGUGAAAGUGCCAGCAGCAAACCCUGCAGAAGUCACAUUCGUCAAGCCUCAGAGAAGGACAUCCAGCCAGUACGUGGCCUCUGCUAUUGCCAAGAAGAUGGGGCCUCCGAAAGUUCAUGCAGAUGUGAUGAGACCACAUAAGAAGACUGUUGGAAGGGGUCAUGAAGAACUGAAGCUGGCUAGACCACCUCCCAUGGGGAAAGACGAGGCAGCCCCCAACCUGCACUCGGAGGCCCGGCACCAUGAGCACGGGACAAACCAGGACUCAGUCUGCCUUUCCAGCAGCCCUGGUGUGCAGUUGCCAGCAGGAGACCAUCCCAGAGUAAAAGUCAGCAGCGCCUAUGGGAAGUCAUCGGCUCAAGACUGUCCUGCUGCUGUCCACAGAAACUCCUAUUUCCUCCCAGUCAGUUCUUCCCAGAGAGAUCGUGUUUCUGUGGGACAGAGCUGUGGUUUCAGUGAAAAGCAAACUACACGUAACCAAAAGAGCUCAACAUCCAACCCCACGCAGAAGCUAAACAAGGCGUGCCUGCCCCCUCCACUCUUGGCAGAGGCCCAUGACUCUGGGAGGAUACUGAUGAAUGGCUCUGCCCAGGCCCCAGGAAAUUGUGAGGCCCCCUACUCUCCAAAAGACUCCAGCCUGACUAGCUACAUCAUCUUACAGACAGAGGAAAAGCCCAGUCCGUUAUCUACAGAGGGUCGAGACGCAGAUGAUGCUCUACCAUCCAGCAUUUUCGGGCCAAAGAAAAAAUUCAAACCUGUUGUUCAAAGGCCAGUUCCAAAAGACACGUCCCUGCACAGUGCCCUGAUGGAAGCGAUCCACUCAUCAGGAGGAAGGGACAAGCUCCGCAAGACUGCAGAGAGCACCUCAGAAGGAAAGCCAAAGAAACCAUCCUACGUGGAGGCAGAGAGUGAACGAUCUGCCCUUCUGGCAGCCAUCCGGGGCCACAGUGGAACUCUCAGCCUAAGGAAGGUGUCAUCCCUUGCCUCCGAGGAGCUCCAGAGCUUCCGAGACGCUGCACUCUUGGCUCCAGGCUUGGACAAAGCUCAGCAAGAAGACCUCGGCCUUCCACCUCCACCUGCACUACCACCACCACCCCCUCCAGCCCCCCAGACUUUGUCAGCCUCCAUCCCAGUCUCUAGGUUCAGCACCAGCAUGCCCCUCAGCAACACGGUGGAUGCCAGGCAAGCCUUGAUGGAUGCCAUCCGCUCGGGCACAGGAGCUGCAAGACUCAGAAAGGUAAGCAUUGGUGUGUGAAACUGAAACGGAGGC